AUCAUUGGUUGAUAGGUUGCCUAAAGGCAAACCUUUCCGUAGCAGAUUAGAUAGAUCCGGUUACUCUUAUCUUUCUCCGUACAUUCGUACAUUGGAUCUAAUUGCAAUUUGAAAACCCUAAUUUUCAGCUCGAUCAGAAUUGGGGGUUUUUUCGGCUGAAUUGCAAAAUGCCUCAGAAGAAUGGAGCUGAACAAUCGGAUGCCAGUGGUUCGAUGCCAAAAUCGCAGCGCACAAAAAUAAUUAAAUCCUCAGAUGACAGUGAAAAAAAGAAUUUGGCUAAAAAGAUUAAAGAUACAGAAAUUUGUGUACCCAUUGUGUAUGGUAACAUUGCAUUUUGGCUUGGUAAGAAGGCGAGCGAGUACCAGUCACAUAAAUGGACAGUUUAUGUCCGUGGAUCGACCAAUGAGGACCUAGGAGUGGUGGUUAAGCGUGCCGUUUUUCAGCUGCAUUCAAGUUUUAAUAAUCCCACAAGGAUUAUUGAUAGCCCUCCUUUUGAGUUAUCAGAAUCAGGAUGGGGUGAAUUUGAAGUCGCUAUAACUCUUCAUUUUCAAAGUGAUGUUUCCGAUAAGCCAUUGCAUUUGUUUCAUCAUUUGAAGUUAUAUCCUGAGGAUGAGUCUGGUCCUCUAUCCACGAAGAAGCCUGUUGUUGUGGAAUCUUAUGAUGAAGUUGUUAUUUCAGAGCCUUCUGAGGCUCUCUUUGCCCGGUUGCAGCAUCAUCCUGCAGUUAUUGUGCCUAGACUGCCUGCGGGCUUUACUUUGCCUUCUUUGCCUAUUGAGGAUCUCGAGAACAGGAACAGAGGUGGCACCAAAGAUCACAAUCCCCUGAACCAGUGGUUUUCCAAAUUUUCUGAGGCGGAUGAGCUGCUAAGACUUGCUGCAGCUCGCGAGCAGGUGCAAGGACAUAUUGCAAGACUCAGACGGCAGUUGAGUUUGAUUGACGGACAGCAGCAACAGCAGCAGCAGCAACUCAAAACGGCAUCUGAUAUGUAAAUGUUUAUUGUAUCUCAUGAAAGAUAUUACGUUUUACCAUACGGAGAGUCUAAAAAUUAAGAGUUCUUUUCAGUCAUAUAUAAUGAGUAUACCUUGAUCUCUUGGUUCGCUCUGCUGAAGGGAAUUUUGUACUUUCCCAUUUUCAGCUCCUUGCUGCAUGUUUUGUCAAGAUGAAAUGAUGAAUAUAACAAUUUAUUCACAUUGAGAAGCAGUAAAUAAUCAUUUAUCUUUCUCAAGCUUAA